AUGGAUCAUCCGAAAAAGAUGUGGGAUCUAAUGGAAGUUCGGAACUACGCUAUGAGCCCUAGAUCCGUUCAUCAUCGUAUCCCUAACUUCGUCGGUGCGGCGGAUGCUGCCGCAAAAUUAGCUGAGCUUGACGCCUUUCGUAUGGCUGAUGUCGUUAAGGUUAAUCCUGAUUCGCCGCAGAAGCAAAUCAGGUUUCUUACAUUCUCUGGUGAGAAGAAGUUGUUGACUCCACAACCUAGGCUAAGAACAUGGUUCUUCUCUGUACUAGAAUCUGAUUUUCUGAAGCCAGAGACGAUCAUAGAAGCUUGCACCUCUGUAGGAGUAGCCAAGUAUGGAAAAGCGAUUGGUUUAGAUGAGAAAAUCAAAGUUGAUCUCAUUUUCCUUGGCUCCACAUUGUUGUUAACCUGCAAACCGGUGCCCGGGUUUUGCGGAGCUUGA